GCGGCCGGCCUGUGAUCCACUUGAGAGGCAGCCAUUAGCCAGCAGCGAGGCGCACGAGGGAGCAGAUCACCAGCUGACAACACCAUCGCUGUCCUCCGCGCUCGUCCACCAGGAUGGAACCCAAAGGAGUGGCAUCAUCCUCGUCGUCUCUGUGAGCAGAGGCCAGGGGCAGAAGACAUGUUGGGACAGACAGCUUCAGCCCUGGACAGCACGCUGCACAACCAUGAAUCCAGUUUGGAUGGCUUUGGCUUGUUUGGUUACCCUCUCCACGGUUACCAAGGAAAUCGCCGGGAACGCCGCUGACGGGAAGACCAAGUCACAAGAGGAGUUCCUCUCCAGCUUGGACCACUACGAGAUUACCAUCCCUGUCCGAGUGGACUCCCAGGGCGACGUCCUGAGCCAAGCGGCUCGACUCAGGAGGGGCCGACGGCAGCGGCGCAGCUUGGGACCUGAGCGGCAGCUCUUUUAUCGCGUCUCCACGCCUCAAACUCACUUCCUGCUCAACUUGACCCUCCACUCCCGCCUGCUCUCAAGCCAGUUCCGCGUGGAGUUCUGGCGGAGGGGCCGCCUGGCCUGGAGCCACCGUUACUCAGCUCAGUGCCUCUACACCGGCCACCUGUACGACCAGCAGACCAGCAGCAAGGUGGCCCUGAGUAACUGCAAUGGACUGCAGGGGGUGAUCGUCUCUGGCGCGGAGGAGUACUUCAUUGAGCCUCUGAACUCGGCAGAGAACUUCACCAACGUCCAGGAGCGAGACCAGCGUCCCCAUGUGGUGUACAAGAGAUCGUCCCUCAGACACCAGUACAUGGAGCCAUCAUGCGGAGUCUUGGAUGACAAAGCUGGGAAGGGACGUCCCUGGUGGAUGAGGAACUUUAAGCCUUCCGCCAUCAGCCCUUCAGGGAACCAGAUGCCACGUGCACAGCUGCCCUUCAAGCGCUCCGUCAGCACAGAGCGGAAUGUGGAGACUUUGGUGGUUGCAGACAAGAUGAUGGUGGGCUACCAUGGCCGUAGGGACAUUGAGCAGUACGUCCUCGCUGUCAUGAAUAUUGUUGCUAAACUUUUUCAGGAUUCUAGCCUGGGGAACGCAGUGAACAUCGUGGUGUCCAGACUUGUCCUGCUGACUGAAGAUCAGCCAACCUUGGAGAUAAAUCACCACGCUGGCAAAUCGCUGGACAGCUUCUGCAAAUGGCAAAAAUCCAUCCUCAACCGCAAUGGCAACGGGAACACCAUCCCAGAGAAUGGAAUCGCUCACCACGAUACGGCUGUGCUCAUCACCAGGUAUGACAUCUGCAUCUACAAGAACAAGCCCUGUGGGACUCUAGGCCUGGCGCCAGUUGGAGGGAUGUGUGAGCCGGAGAGGAGCUGCAGCAUCAAUGAGGACAUCGGGUUGGCCACAGCUUUUACCAUUGCUCAUGAGAUCGGGCACACGUUUGGGAUGAACCAUGAUGGCGUAGGCAAUGCCUGUGGCUCCAGAGGCCAGGAGACUGCCAAGCUGAUGGCGGCGCACAUCACCAUGAAAACCAACCCCUUUGUGUGGUCAGCCUGCAGCCGUGACUACAUCACCACCUUCCUUGACUCAGGGAUGGGCAGCUGCUUGAAUAACGAGCUUCCGAGGCAGGAGUUUUUCUACCCGACUAUGGCGCCCGGUCAGGUGUAUGACGCAGACGAACAGUGCCGCUUCCAGUAUGGAGUCAAAUCCCGCCAGUGUAAAUAUGGGGAAGUCUGCAGUGAACUCUGGUGCAUCAGUAAGAGUAAUCGCUGCAUCACCAGCAGCAUCCCAGCUGCAGAGGGCACCAUCUGCCAGACUAACACCAUCGACAAGGGAUGGUGCUACAAGAGGGAAUGUGUCCCCUUCGGAACACGGCCGGAAGGCGUGGAUGGAGGGUGGAGCCUCUGGUCACCAUGGGGAGAAUGCAGUCGCACAUGUGGAGGAGGUGUGUCAUCAUCGACCCGACACUGUGACAGCCCCAGGCCAACCAUUGGAGGGAAGUACUGUCUGGGAGAAAGGAAGCGAUUUCGAUCUUGCAACAUUGAUGAGUGUCCAGCAGGAUCCCUCGAGUUCAGAGAAGUGCAGUGUGCUGACUUUGACGGUGUGCCUUUCCGGGGAAAAUACUACAAAUGGAAGCCAUACCGGGGUGGAGGAGUGAAGUCUUGCUCCCUGAACUGCCUGGCAGAAGGUUUCAAUUUUUACACUGAGCGAGCCCCAGCUGUAAUUGAUGGCACACCAUGCCGAGAAGAUUCCCCAGAUAUCUGUGUCAACGGUGAAUGUAAGCAUGUAGGAUGUGAUCGAAUCCUUGGCUCCGACAUCCGGGAGGACAAGUGUCGGGUGUGCGGCGGAGAUGGGGGCACCUGUGAAGUCUUUAAUGGGAUCUUCAAUGACUCGCUUCCAGAAGGAGGUUAUGAGGAAGUCGUCAGGAUUCCAAAGGGGUCUGUGCACAUCCUCAUCCAGGAGCUCAAUGUGUCUCUUAACUACUUGGUGCUAAAAAGUGACAGGGACGAGUACUUCAUCAACGGGAAGCUGACCAUAGACACUCCCCGCACGUUUGACAUCGCCGGGACCACCUUCUACUAUCAGCGGCCAGUGGAUGAACCGGAAACACUUGAAGCACUGGGUCCCACCAAUGUCACCCUCAUUGUUAUGGUGCUAGUGCGGGAGGAGAACCAAGGCAUUCGCUACCAGUUCAACCCUCCUGUGUCCAACAACUCGGAGAGUGCUUACUCUUGGCAGUACGCUGCUUGGAGCAGAUGUUCUGCCGUUUGUGCCGGAGGAAUUCAGGUCCAGCAAGUGGUCUGCAAGAGGCAGGUCAAUCACACCGUGGCUUCAGAUCAUCACUGCAGCCAAAAAGCCAAACCUCAGGAGAGGCAGAGGGCAUGUAACAGUGAGCCGUGUCCUCCGGCGUGGUCCGUGAAGGAGUGGUCCGAGUGCAGCCGAAGUUGUAAUGGUGGCCUGCAGACACGUACCAUCCUGUGUGUCCGUAAGAUUUCUGCCACCGAGGAGAAGACCCUAGACAACAAAGCCUGCUCCGCACCCAGACCCGCAGUCACAGAAGCCUGCAAUAACCAAAGCUGCCCACCUGAGUGGUUCGCACUGGAUUGGUCGGAGUGUACUCCAAGCUGUGGUCCAGGUUUCCGGCACAGGAUUGUCCUCUGCAAGAGUGGCGACUAUAGCACCACCCUCCCGGCUACCCACUGCCCUGAAGACACCAAACCCACUUCAAAGAUGAGGUGCAACUUGCAGCGCUGCCCUCACCCUCAGUGGGUGACUGGAGAGUGGAGCGAGUGCUCUGCCAAGUGUGGUCUGGGUCAGCAAAUGCGGUCUGUGCAAUGCUUGACCCACAUUGGUCAGCCGUCCAGUGAUUGUCCAGAGGACCUCCGACCAGCAGCAAUGCAGCAGUGUCAGAGCCAGUGUGACCUUCUUCCAACAGACAACCCUGAAGAAUGCAAGGAUGUCAACAAGGUGGCCUACUGCCCCCUGGUGCUAAAGUUUAGGUUUUGCAGCCGUGCUUACUUCAGGCAGAUGUGCUGCAGAACUUGCCAAGGACAUUAAAGGUUGUGGUGCUGUGUACCCAAGACCACUCCACUCGGGCAGCGAUGGAAAGCGGAGAGCUGAGACCAGCGUGGGAAGAGCAGCAGUCGAGUCUCAACGAGGGCUUUCCUCACUCCAACAGAGCGACUGCACACAAUGGAAGAGGGAGAGGAGAGGAUGAUAAAUUAGGGAAUGGGAGGAGGGAGCAAGGGAAUCUAAGGAUAGGGAACUGGAUAUGGGGAUAGGGGGUACAUUAUGAAUCAU